GCCCGUACAAAGGCCUCUGUUCAGAAGCCCAUCAGAAACCACUUGAGCCCCUUUUUCUACUAAACGCACGCACAUUCACACCCACCACCCACCAUGGCGAAUCUUGUAGCCAAAUACGCCAUGAAAAAGGCGCUCGGCAAGGAGAUGGAAAAGUACCGGGGCAAGAGCGCAUCGGGCCCAUAUGAUCCCUUCUACGAGGAAAUCCCACACCCAAGGAAGCCUGGCAAGACAAAAAAGGUCAAGAAGGAAAUUCCCAGCUACAUUCCUCCACAUGACGCAGAUGUCCUUGCCAAAGCCCGCAAAUCCGCUUACAGACUCGACUACGCUCUCUUUUCCUUUAUGGGAAUUCGCUUCGGCUGGGCUUCGGUGAUUGGCCUAUUCCCUGCUGCUGGCGACGCUAUGGCUGCCGCCCUGGCCCUCAACCUUGUUCGCCAGAUGAUGAAGGUUGAAUGUGGUCUGCCUGCCACGGUCGUCCUUCUCAUGGUGGUCAACACCGCCAUUGACUUUCUCGCCGGUCUCGUGCCAUUUCUCGGUGAUCUUGCCGGCGCCGCCAUCAAAGCCAAUGGUAAAAACGUUCGCCUCCUCGAGCAACACCUAGACAAGGUGUACAAGCCCAAGGAGUUGAUCGAACGCGAAGCCAAAAUGCCUCGGGAAUCACGACCUCGUCCUGCUUCAGUCUAUAUUGAUUUUGACGACGAAAUUGAAGACCGUCGCAACGCCUUCAACGAUGAACAUGACGAUGUGCGCCCACCACAGAAAUCCUACCGUGGCCAGCGCAUCCCAGACGAGGAAAUGGGUUACCGACAGGACACUCAACGUUCCUACAGAGACGACCGACGCAGAGACGACAGACCCAGUCGCAAUAACACCAGGAGCAGCAGACACUAAAAAAAAGUUCUCCUUGCGUUCCCAUUUCCUAUGUCAAAUUUUCUCGAGUCUUCUGUUUGGUUGCUAGACUGGUGCUAGGACAUUACACAAUUGGCGUUUGCGGUUAC